CAAGACAUUAGUGAAAAAAGCAAGACAGGUGCAGAGGGGUGCCAAAAGAAGACUUGAAGAUGAUUAUGAAGACUGUGAAGGGGGUAUUAGCUACGGAUCAGGAAUGUUUUAAUCUUCUUUCUCCGUUUCCCAAUAUUCAACACAACAGGUUGACGUUGAAAUACUCCUGCAAGUUCCCCGGAUGUUCAUCUGGCUAUUAUGUGGGUUCAACGGAGGAAAUUUGCAACAAGCAUUUCUACACGUUUCCAAAACAACCUCAAGAGUUGCUUCUAAAGUGGAAGAGUGUUUGUAAACUGUCACCAGAUGUUAACUGUGCUUCUUAUUUUGUUUGUGUAGAUCAUUUUUUCGAAGAAGAUUUUAUGAAUAAAAGUAGGCAUAGGCUAAACAGGGGUGUGUUUCCAAAACAUGUGACUGGUGUUCCUUGUGAAAUUGCCAGAAUUGGUAGUGAACCAGGUGACACUGUUGUUAAUAGUGACUUGGGCCUACCAAGCACUAGUGGUGCUAUGACAACUGUUCAUUUUACAGCUGCUAAUGCCAGAAGUGAAACUGGUGUUAAUGAACUACAAAGCCUUAGUUGUGCUGUGGCAAGUAGUUCUCAUGUAGGUGUCUGUACCAGAAUUGGAUCAGGUGAAACUGGUGUUAAUAGCGAAUUGGACUUACCAAGCACUAGUGGUACCAUGGAAAAUCUUUAUUAUACAGAUGCCAAUACCACAGGUGAAACUGGUGUCAGAGAAUUACCUAGCACUAGUUGUGCUGAGCAAACGAAGUCUCCGCCUAUACAAAUAUUUGUCCGUUCAUGUUUAUCUUCCUUCUGUGAGGUAUCUGAAAGGUCUGUUGUUUUCUAUACCUUUUGAACAAGGAUUGAAUACUUCGGUCAUGAAUGUAAUGAAAGCAGAAGUUGAAAUAAUGAACAACAGUGACAAAUAUUGUGCUCUGUUGUUUGAUGAAAUGUCUUUAGAAAGAGGGUUGUAUUAUAAUGCAAGCAAACAAGGAAUUUCAGGGUUUUGAGAUUUAGGGCAUUUAGGGAGGUCAAAUGUUCAUGCAAAUCAUUCAUUAGUUUUCAUGGUUAGAGGGAUACAUAAAAGCUGGAAGCAGGUUGUUGAAGAACUAGGGCUAAAGGUAGUUUAUACAUUUUGUGACCAGGGUGCAACCAACCAGAGAGCACUGAAGGAACUCUGCUGUGAGAAAUCUACUGAGUCCAGUCCAUUUCAUUUUGUAGUCAGAGAUGAACCUAUUGCAGUCUUUUAUGAUGUCCCACAAUUAUUAAAAAAUACUAGAAAUGCUCUGCUAGGAAAUAAAAUACAGUUUGGGUUUAAAAGAGAGGCCAGUUUUGAAUAUAUUCACAGGGCUUCUCUUCCGGAUCAGCAGGAGAUGUUUAAGACAUUGCCAAAACUACAUAGGAAUCAUUUUGAAUUAAAGGAUUCCUUUACUGAAAAGAAAGUUAAGGUAGCUGCAGCCCAGCUUAGUCAUACAGUUGCUGCAGUUAUUGAAACUUAUGUGGCAUUUAUUAUCUUACCUGCUGAGGCAAUAUACACUGUAGAAUUUGUUGAAAAGAUGGAUUGUUUAUUUGAUUCACUGAACAGUUCCUAUUAUUAUCCACAAGAUGGCAAGUUUUAUAAGUGUGCCCUCUGCAGAGUCCUCACAUAUUGAAAUCUGGUACAGUCUGUUAAAGCAAAAUGGAAAAUUGGAAAGUGUUGGAGCUAGGCACAGGGAGAGAUAAAGACAAAUAUGUUCAAUUUCAUAAGUGGGUGGCAAACUACAAUAAGAUCACUGAUGUUCAUUUGGAACAGAUUUUAAAAAAUGGCUUUAAUUUUUUAAGCAUGUCAAGACCCAGUGGAGAAUGUAUUUUGUUGUGUGAUGCAGCAUGGUGUUGCAAACACCAACCCAUCUUCCUUUCAGUUCAAAGUAGCAUUGAAAACAGUUAUAGUCAAUAACAUGUCCUUACCUAAAAAGUCACUAGGUAAUUGUGAGGAUGACAGAUGCAUGCCAUUAAGCAAUUUAAGGCAAUUUUUGGGAGCUAGUGAUGACAACUUUCUUGACUCCAUGACUAACCAUUCCAUUAUGGAUCAAAGUGCUUUAUAUUGUGUCCUUGCUGAUAAUGAAGCUGCUGCUGGUAGUGGUGGGGCAGAUGUAAGAAAUGACAGACAAGCACUAGCAUAUGUAGCUGGUUACAUUCUAUGAAAGAUGGGUGUAACACCUACAGAGCAUCAUUUAUUUACAAGUUUCAAAGAAUAUGAUGCUUUAAACCCAAAAUUAUUGCAUUAUAGUGACAGCCCAAUGUCCUUUGUAGCAAAUGUUCAUAGUCAGUUGUAUGCAUUCUUAGAUAAAUGUGGACACCAGGAACAAUUGGAGAAUACUUUCUAUUCACAAGUUUCCAGAGGAAAUAACAUUUUGAAGGCCCAUUUUUCUGAACAGUAUAUUUUAAGACAAUGUGUACCUCUAUUGAUUUGUGAAAGAUUGGAAACACAUCAUCAGUAAUAAAAGAUUUGAUAUUGUUAAAGACAAAUUCA